AUGACAAAUUUGCCUCUCGGAAAACUGAUCUUCAAGAUCAAAUCCUUCAGCAUGAUUGCGAUUCCGGUGGCUGACGAAAUUGCGUUUCUGAUCACCCGGAACGAGUCCCAGAUACCGUCGAUUGUUGGAUCCGUAGGCUCUCCAGAGUUGAGAUCGAUUCCAACAACCUGUCCUUCCUCGAUCUCGUCCUGGCAAGCAGAGAUGGCCUCCAAGGAGUCCAGUCCAGAGUUCUUGGCAAGCGUCUUGGGUAUCACGAGCAAUGAGUCCGAAAAUGCCUUGAGUCCUGGUUUAAGCUUACCCUUGUUGGAUUUGGUUUCGAGAAUGUGUUUGGAGGCAGAAAGAUAG